AUGCGCGCCUCAGUACUUGUCGCGUUGUCUUCCUUCAACCUUGUGGCAUUGGGCUGCACCAAAGUCUCCAAGGUCACCCACACCUUCUACGGGUACCCAGAUAACGAUCCCCCCGGUCCGGCCACUGCCUAUGACUGCGGCCGCGGCUACAAGGCUGGCGGUACAGGUACCUAUGCCGACCCCUUGACGUUUGCCUCGGCCCCUGGCGAAUUCACACAAUGUGAAAUCAUCUACGACCCAUACACGAAGAAAUAUCUUCGUUUCGAGGACUACUGCGCUCAAUGCACUACCGACUGGGACGCUGGCAUCCACCACAUUGACCUGUGGACCGGUAGCACAACUGUCAGCGGAGGCAACGAGCAAAUUGAAUGCGAGAAUGACCUCACGCCGGGUGAGAAGAGCCAGACUAUUGUGAGGCAGCCACGAAAGGAUCUUCCGGUAGAUUCGACUAAGCUCUACGUCAAAGAAAUGGAGAGUACAGGCCUCGCUUCGCCAGCGAGCGCAAACGUAUGCGCAGACUUGACAGAUGAAGGACUGUCACAGCGCUGGGUGCCGUCCAUCUAUCGCCCAGGAGCAGGUCCGCCCAUCGAUCUUUUGGCCUCUGGUCGAUCACACCUCAGUGCUGUGAGAGAAACCCUGAAGUCGCUCGACAGUUACAAUGAGCGCAUUGUACGCCAACCCUACGAUUUCAAUGCCUGGUUACGCCGAGGAAACUGCAUGAUGAUCCUUGGGUUUCCCGAACUUGCUGUCGCUGACGCUUACAAAGCCAAGGUUCUUGAGGAAAGAAAUCCCGGAAACGAUCAAGAAGGAGCGCAAAUUUACAAUUUGCUUGAAGCUGCUUUGCAAGCUUGCCAUUGCCAAUGGGAUGCAGCAGAGAUCCUAGACAAAUCAGCAAUCGAGACAGAUCCGCGGCGGCAGGAAGAAACCCGAAACAGACUUGUCAAACUACGCGAGCUUCUGAAGCGGAAAGAAGAGGCUGCUAUAGAAUUGGGAGGUACAUCUUUCGAACUCAGAGAUAGGAUAAGAGAUGGUGCAGUACUCACUGUAGAAUAUCCAUGGACCAUGGGAUAUCAUCUCAGAAGGGCUCCAGAACUUGUGAAGCUCAUCAAUCAGGAGCUUCGAGGGGGAGAAAUAGAGGCAACGUGCUACCUGGGCCAAAGUAGCCUGGCCAAGGACUCAAAUGAAGACAUGUUAGGCAUGUUCGCAGCUCGCGAGGUACAAGCUGGCGAACGUAUGCUUACGGAUCGAACCGCUACCGCAUGCCUCAAUCUCGCAAUGAACACCUAUCACAAAGCGAUCUGUGGUAAAGACUUUACGUGGCUCCAGCAACCUGCCAAAGGCUUGACGCACAACGCUUCGCCUCUGCGGUCCCUUCUCAUGUUGCGACUACUGGCGACAUGCGUCCAAUCUGGUAUUGACAAUUCACCGCUAGAUCACCCGCUGAUUGCGCGUUUGAAGCCUCUUGCCAACAAAGGACAUCUUGAUGUGUUCACUCUCAAUGAAUCAAUCAUUAUACCCAUCAGGAUCCUAGAACAGCUUGGUGUGGACGUCUUCAUAAAACGUAACUUCGAUACGGACAUCUUACACUCGAUCUGGACUCGUCUAGCGAACAACAAAGCUGGAUCUCUCGACCCGCGACUUGGCUUCGUCGACGAAAUCACGCCGCACCUACCGCUUUUCAACCACAGUUGCGAACCGAAUGUAGAGUGGAGAAGGGAGAAUGGAAGUACAACUGUGAGCUUCUUUGCCAUCAAGCCUAUUGCAAAGAAUGAGGAGCUGUUCUGUAGCUACCUAAAUGUUCAAUGCAUUCCGGUGGAGCAAAGGCAGGAGAUGUUGUGGCCGUGGUUUGAGGGCUCGUGUUUAUGCUCGAGAUGUGAAAAGGAGGGAAAUACUUUACGCAUCUAG